UUUCUUCUGAUUCCGCCAUUAUUGGGGGGAGCAGAAAAGUCUAGUGUUUAGAGCAGAAGAUAAUUAAAAGAGUUUUUUUUUUUCUUUUUAUUCUAGUAUCAUCUCCUCCCUAUAAACACACUGGGCCUGGUUUAUUUUCUUUGAAAGUUCUUGUCUUGUGUUCUUAAAUUUUCGAUAUCUUUAAGGUAUCUGAUCAUCAAGCUUUACAUUUUUGAGAUCUGGGUUCCGACAAAGAUUCUAUUUUUGUUUCUCCAACCCAUCUUUCACUCCCCCUCAUUAUCGGAUCCUGUUCGAAUUAUUACAGAUUUGGCAUUUGAGCAGAACAAAUCAGGAAACUUCCUUAAAUUGUGUCGUACGUGCUGGGUUUUGCUCUAUGUAAAAAAAAAAAGAAAGAAAAGAUUCAAACUUUACUUUUCAAUGGGGGAGACACAGAACCUGCACUUACCUCUGCGAACUCGGUCAUCUCUAAAGAAGCCCUUAUUGGUCGUUCUGUUACUCUGCAUCACAAGCGUGCUCUUGGUCUGCACUUACAUUUAUCCGCAGCAACACAACGUCAAGAGCCCCGCUUGCGAGGGUUUGUCUAGCAGAGGCUGCAAAGCUGCGCUCUCGGGAUGGCUUGAUGUCCACGUCAGGAAACACACCGACGAAGAAGUCGCAGCUCGUGUUGUGAUCAGGGACAUACUCAGAAUGCCUCCUGCUCUGACCUCCAGAUCGAAGAUAGCUUUCAUGUUCUUGUCUCCCGGUACUCUGCCUUUUGAGAAGCUCUGGGAUCAGUUUCUACAGGGUCAAGAAGGGAGAUUCUCGAUUUACAUACAUCCGUCGAGGCUGAGACCGGUUCACAUCAGCCGUCACUUUUCGGACCGUGAGAUUCACAGCGACCAUGUCACUUGGGGGAGGAUCUCUAUGGUUGAUGCUGAGAGACGGCUUCUAGCUAACGCUCUUGAAGAUCCUGAUAACCAACACUUUGUUCUUCUCUCAGAGAGCUGCAUACCGUUGCAUACGUUUGACUACACCUAUAGGUAUUUGAUCCACGGGAAUGUCAGCUUCAUUGACAGCUUUGAGGAUCCUGGUCCGCAUGGGACCGGUAGACACAUGGAUAACAUGUUACCUGAAAUCCCUAGGCAAGAUUUCAGAAAGGGUGCUCAGUGGUUCACAAUGAAACGUCAGCACGCUUUGAUAGUCAUGGCUGAUAAUCUAUACUACUCAAAAUUCCGGCGAUAUUGCAGACCUGGGGUAGAAGCAAAUAAGAACUGCAUUGCGGAUGAACAUUACCUGCCUACAUUCUUCCAUAUGCUUGAUCCUGGAGGAAUAUCGAACUGGUCAGUCACGUAUGUUGAUUGGUCUGAGCGUAAAUGGCAUCCCAAGACAUAUAGAGCCCGGGAUGUCUCACUCAAGUUCUUGAAAAACAUCACGUCCGACGACAUGAGCGUACACGUAACAAGCGUUGGCAAGCGUGGAGAUGAGCUGCACUGGCCUUGUACAUGGAACGGAAUAAGACGUCCAUGUUACCUGUUCGCAAGGAAGUUCCACUCGGACUCUGUUAACAAACUUGUCACACUCUUCCCGAACUACACGACAACAGUUGUUUGAGAGAGAGACAAGACACAAAUUUCUUGAAGAUUGUCUUGAGACUGGAGUCGCAUAUUUACUGUAAAUUUUUUUCUGUAGAAUCUGAAAAUGCUUGCUUUUGGGAUUUAGUUCUCUAUUUGAUUUGAUGGGACAGGGUUCACUCUGCUUUUUAAGCCGUAGUAGUGGUAUAGAAGCAGAGAUUUUUUGGUUAAAGGAAUUGGUUAUUGUGAUU